AUGCAGGCAAACACCCCUUUGUCUGGCGUCUUCCUACCACGCCACCUCCGUCGAGUAGCCCCUCUUUUCUUCUCGGCCUUCGUGCUGGUCUUCUACCUCUCCCUCACCGGGACCUUUGGCGGGGUCAAUGGCAGCCUCUCCGGGCCCACCGCGCGCUAUAAGCAGUUUCCCCGGAAGAUCUGGCAAUCAUGGAAAGUCAAUCCUCUGGCUUUCGAGCCGCGAGAUCUUCUGGUUGCUCGAAGCUGGCCGGAGAAGAAUCCCCGCCAUCGGUACGAGGUACUGACCGACGAGAAUGACCUCUACUAUGUCGAGACCCAUUAUGGGCCGGAGGGGUUGAACCGACCGGACAUUGUCGAAGUCUACCGGUCGCUGAACGCGCGCAUCAUCAAGGCCGAUCUUCUGCGAUACUUGAUAAUGUAUGUUGAUGGAGGAAUCUGGGCUGACAUUGACGUGGAAGCUCUCCGCCCGCUGGACCGAUUUAUCCCCGAGCGAUUUACUGAGGACGAGAUGGAUCUGGUCAUUGGGGUGGAGAUCGACGAGCCCGAGUUCAACGACCAUGCAAUCUUGGGCCAGAAAUCGCAGUCCUUCUGCCAAUGGACUUUCAUGAGCAAGCCCCGCCACCCGGUGAUGAUGCGGCUGGUGGACAACAUUCUGGCUUGGUUACAUGAGCUGUCGGUUCAGCAAGGCAAGCCCAUCGGCGAGCUGGAGCUGGACUUUGACGACGUGAUCAGCGGCACGGGACCCUCCGCAUUCACCUCCGCCGUGCUGGCAGAGAUGAGCAUCCGACUAGGCCACGAAGUGAGCUGGAACACUUUCCACAAUAUUCCCGAAUCCAAGCUCGUGGGGGGAAUUCUGGUCUUGACCGUCGAGGCCUUCGCCGCCGGCCAGGGCCACUCCGACUCGGGCAACCACAACGCUCGAACAGCCCUUGUCAAACAUCAUUACCAUGCCUCCAACUGGCCCUCGAACCACCCGCGCUUCAGCCAUCCGGUGUACGGGGAGGUCGAGAAGUGCAACUGGAACAAGGAGUGUGUGCGCGCAUGGGACGAGAACACCGCCGCCUUUGCUGCCCUUCCGCCCGAUGAGCAGGAGCGUCAGAUUGCCCUCAAGCAGGCCAACGAUGCGGCGGAGACAGAAUUACAACUAAACCUCGGCAUGGACCUGGGGCUGGAUCUGGGAUUGAAUCUCGGUCAAUAA